AUACGUGUGUGUGUUUAGUGGGGCGGGAAGGACGGCAAAACGGAGCCUUGUGUCCUGUAGCAUUUUAGGGGUUAAGCCUGGAAUAGAUUUGAUUGAGCGGAAAGUGGUGGGGAGAAGUGGAGAACUGACGUCAAAGAUCAAGGCUGGGCCGGGCUGAGCCUUCAUCAGAAAGGUGCUACUAAUACGCAGGACAGAACAAGACACGGCUGUAGAGGAGAGCCGACGGGAAGCAGCCGCAGACUCGGCCAGAGGGCGCUACAGUCCCAACAAGUUGCAAGUGCGACGAGGCUUUGCUGCCGUCUAGCAAAGUGAAGCCCCACCUGUGCAGGUGCCUUCAGGCCCACCCAAAAAAAAAAAGUAGCUACAGUUUCAGAAGGCCUGAGACAGCGAGCAAGAGGUCCGUCAUGUUGCCCUUGCCCUCCAGGCGGCAACGAAAAGCUAAGCCUGCCCGCCCCGUCAAUUCUUCGGAGCUCCCCGGCCAUGAGGGCGAGGGCGGCUGCGGCGCUUUCAGCACCGUCUCGCGGCGCCUGCUGAGCCAGCGACUGCCCAAGUGCGCGCGCUGCAGGAACCACGGCGUGGUGUCCAGCCUCAAGGGCCACAAGCGGCUGUGCCGCUGGCGGGAGUGCGCGUGCGCCGCGUGCUUGCUGGUGCUCGAGAGGCAGCGCGUGACGGCCGCGCAGGUGGCGCUGAGGAGGCGCCAAGACCAGGUGGCCGGCCAGGUUAAGAAAGGAAUGAAGAGCAGUGAAUGUUCAGUUUCUGGCCACAGAUUAAACUUCCAUUGCAAGACCAAGCAGACUGCCAGGUUGUUGGCUAGACACUCACCGGAAGCAAAUAGUCCACCCUCCCAGGAAACAGAACAUUGCCUUUCUAGCCUCAGUGAGAGAAUGAGGAAAAGAAGGGCAUUUGCAGACAAGGAGUUGGAAUCAAUAAUGCUGGAAAGGGAACUUCGACAAAGAACCUUUGACGGAUUUGCUGCCCAUCAGAGAAGACAGCUGCUGAGCAGAGAGCAUUUACCAGCCCUUGAGGAAAACGUAUUCCAAAGUGGACAUGAUUACCUUAAUUACUUGACAUGCGUUAACUCUGGUAUGUUGAAUAUUUGUUUUCCUUUGCUGCAUUCAAAUACCAAGGUUCUAGACUAUGGACCUUGCAUUUAUAAAAUCACAGACACUUCUCCUUUGAAUGUAGCUUUUAUCACAGCAAGCCAAACUGAAGGUGGCACUUCACAGAAACGUACCUGUGAGGAGAACAUGAAUAAAUACCUAAAUGUGUACAGAGAAAAUAAUUGUGACUGGAAGGAGCAAGCUCUGUCCAGUGUCUUUUCCAGAGAUCUUCUCUUACUUGAGAAUAAUUGGAGCCCCAAAAUAAUAAAACUCCAAGAAAAUAAAGAAUUAAGAGACAUGGCAGCCAGAUACUGUAUUUUGUGCAAUCAUCACUCAAAACAAGAAAAUCACAAUGUUAAUGAUACAGGUCUUGAAGUCAAGGAGGAUGUAAGGCAUUUAUCUCAAGAGUGUUGCUCAGAAAUAAACAAGCAGAUACUGUCUUUUUCAGUAGAAUCUUUAUUAAAAGUUUAAAUCUAUUAAGUAGCUUGGAUGGCCAGUAUUCUUAUGAAAUAUUAAUAAGGAAGUCUCCCUACUAAAUAAAUAUUCAUAUUGUAUGUAUAACUGUAACUCUUCUGCAAGUAAUUAACAUCAUUGACUCCUGUUCCAUUUCUGAUGUAGGGGGAAAACGUUCUACUUUGUUGUGAUACAUUGGAACUAGAUCAGUGUGUUCUGGUAAGAGUGAGGAUUUGCAUCUUUAUUUUCAUGAAUGUUUAUGUUUGUAAAUGUGUUCAACUGGGCUUUUUUCAUCCAUCUUGUUUUGCUUAUAAGUAAAACAUUAUUUGCCUGUAUGAAGCUGCAAAAUAUUACCAGGCAUAUGGCUUCCAGUAUAUUAUAAAAUACAGUGUAACUAUUUGCAGAGGAAAAACCAGGUGAAAAAAUAUUACAACAUAGCAUAAUGUCAUAACAUAACUUUUUGUUUUGAUCAAAUUACUGGAAGUAACUGUGAUACAAAUCACCAAUUUUUGUGCCUAAAGUUCCUGAAAGUCCCUGCAACUGCAGCUUCUUUCAAACAGGAUCUGAAAAUCUAGUUUUAUCCUUUGCUGAAGCAGGGUAAUUGGUAACCAGCAUUGCCAUUUGAUUAGCCAUAUCAUUCGGAUUAUGAUAUGCUCCAAGCAGAGAGGCUACCACUGCUAUAAAAAAGAAAAACAUGCACCCAAACUGACAAAAAAAUAAUCUGGGACAAGGACGGGUCACCACCACCACUGUCAUGGAGAAGAGGGUCAGCAGAAACAGAAGGGGAAAUUAAAGAACUAGGGUGUGUGCAGUGUGAUCUGUCCCCUACCUUUUAAGGGUGGCCAUGCCCACUGUUGUUUCUGGUCAAGAAGGUUUUACAGAUUUUGUACUACAGUGGUACCUCAGGUUAAGUACUUAAUUCGUUCCGGAGGUCCCUUCUUAACCUGAAACUGU